AUGGCAGACUACGAUAGGAGAAACGGUGGACCACGAGGGGGCUACAACAAUAACCGCAAGCGGCACGAUGAUGAACACGACCGCCGACCGCAGCGCAGAAGAUAUGAGGAACCCUUGCAUCUCAAAGUGCGGAAGCAGCUUCUUGGGGUCGCAGAAUCCCCGCUGAAGAGAACCGACGAAGAGAUCAGCAGUAUCGCGAAACUCGUCGUGGACAACUAUGACGAUGAGGGUAUCCGAAGACAGUUCUUUGAUUUGUCACUACAGAUUGUUGUCGAACAACCCUUCAAGAUCCCUUUUGUUGCUGCAAUACUUAUCGUCAUCAAUCCACAGAAACCAGAAGUAGCGCAAGAGAUAUUGACGAGGGCAGCAAAGGCAAUACAGGAAUACCUCGAGGCUGGACACUGGCGUGAAGUCAAGCUGGUCUUGCGGUUCUUGGCCUGCUUGCAGGGUCUGCUUGAAGAGGAUGGCGUAUUUCCAUUAUUGGAGGAGCUCUUUUCGAGAGCCGUCGACUUGCAGACUGCAUCUUCCGAAGAUAGCCUGGGCCUGGAACUCGUCAAGAUUAUCUUGCUUACGAUACCGUAUGCUAUGGCCUCCUCCGCAACUGGCUUUGAAGAGCGUGCAUUGGCACUGUUGGAUAAGACGGAUAUCAUUGCAUCUACGCCUCACGCCUUAGAAGCUCUCGUAAAUCCUUAUCCAGGGAACGAUGAAGGAGAUGCUCAGGAACCACAAAGCAUCAUCAAUUUGCUGCAAAAGCAACUGCAGGGAGAGGCUGGGCAAUCUUGGAAGCUGGCGUGCAUUCCCCGUCCUUGGAACGUCAGAAAGGAAGAAGAUACAACGGAUACAGCCGUUGCAUCAAAGAAGCAUGCUUUGCCUGAAAUCAACAUCCCAUCGCCCGUGGCACCAGGUCCACGGCCAAUGCUUCCCGAGAUAUACUUCUCAGUCUAUGCGGAUCAAGACAUUGAGACAGUCCCAUCAACGUCUGAUGUAGCAUCAUCAAUCCUCCGAGAUUCCCUAGUUGAUACCAUCAACAUCCUCGACUGCAACCGCAAUGCAACUGCCAAAUUUCUAAUCGAUCUCGAUUGUUACUUCUCCGCUGAGACUUUUGUCAAAAGAGCGACACAGUUCGACAAGCUACGGAACGUAGAAGAGGGUCGCUCGACUUGGAAGCCGGAGGAUGUCGCUGUUGACGCUGUGUUUUCCCAACUCCUGCAGCUACCUAUGGCGGAGCACAAGCUUGUCUACUAUCAUUCUGUCCUGACUGAGGCCUGCAAAAUUGCGCCGGCGGCAAUUGCACCUAGUCUGGGCCGUGCCAUUCGAUGGUUGUAUAAGAAUGUGGAUGGGAUGGACCUUGAGUUGGUGUAUCGUUUCAUGGACUGGUUCUCCCAUCACCUGAGCAAUUUUGGCUUCACCUGGAAAUGGACUGAAUGGGUUGACGAUGUACAACUGCCAUUGAUACAUCCCAAAAAGGCUUUCAUGAUGGGAGCACUGGAGAAGGAAAUCCGUCUCAGCUUCGCUGCGCGGAUCAGAGGGACCCUUCCAGAGCCAUAUCAACCACUCAUAUCGGAAGCCAAGGAAAAAGACACCCCCGAUUUCAAGUACAGUUCUGAUCGUAAGCAUUCAAUCCUCGUUGGCUUGGAACCCACGAAGCUAAUUUCCAAAGAAAUGCCCUACUCCGAACCCGCCAAAGAGAUCCUUCGCCUUCUCCGUGCCAAAGCUCCCGACACGGAUUUACAAAGUCCACUCAGCACCAUUGAAGAGACCGCAGAGUCUCUUGGCGUGACAGAUCCACUCGUCCCAUCCACAGACGCCUACGUAACGGCAAUUUGCUUCCUUGGCAGCAAGUCUCUGUCCCACGUACUCUCGCAGAUUGAGCGCUGUAAAGACCGCCUCUUGUCAAUUGGAGCUAAAAGCGAACUCGCCCGAAGGCAGAUUAUUACAUCUGUUAUGGACUAUUGGCACGAAAAGCCAGGGAUAGGCGUCAAUGUGGUGGACAAGCUUCUAAAUUAUACCAUACUAACGCCGAUCAGUGUAGUCUUGUGGGCCUUAAGUGAUCAGCUAGGGAAAGGGGAAGGGCUUGUUCUGAGCCAUGUUUUCGAGAUGGUUAGCAGCACGGUGACAAAAGUUACCAACCGAGUACGUCAAAUCGUGGUCGCCCGCAAUCAGCCUGGCCUUCCUGGCGACCAGGUUGCGAUCCUCGAUGAGACUUUAAGCAAAGAGAGGGACGAGAUGGGAAAGCUCUUCGCUGUCAUCGAAGAUGGCUUGGUUGGUGUUGCUGGUGGCAGCGUGGAUGACAUGGCUGAGAGCGCGGAUCAAGAUUUGAAAGGGGAGGCGAUGUUAAGAGGUUGGGGAGGACGGUGGUUAAGGGUGUUCAGGAGGAAGAUGGCUGUCGAAGAAGCAUGGGUGCAGGAGACGAUGAGUUUUGUUGUGCAAGUCGUCGAUGCUUCUGGGUUGGAGAUUGCUGUGGAGCAGAACGGCAACGGGGAGGCAGUUGGCGAUGGAGCUGGAGAGGAGAUGUCUGAAGACGAGGCGCUCGCUGGGAUUCUGUGA